AUGCACCCACGAACCGCGGAAUCACUCCGCCUCCCACUCAUAGAUCUCCCCCUACCCUGCACCGUCACUAUGCUCAAUGGGUCGAGCCCCCAGGCUGGUAAAAUCUGGAAGAAGGCUAACCUAACCUUCUCCUUUGAUGGCAAACGAGUACCUCCCAAAUACCACCCAUACGCCAAGGUAUUCGGGGAAGAAGAAUUUAAUAAGCUUCCCCCUCACCGACACUACGACAUAGGGAUUGAACUUACCAAAGAAGGCCCCCUAAACUUGCCCCUAUAUAGCAUGACCAAUGCUGAGUCUGCCACACUCAAGGACUGGCUCAGGGACAGACUCAAGGCCGGAAAGAUCCGCCCCAGCAAAUUGUCAAUAAGUUCCCCCGUUAUGUUUGUGCCCAAAAAGGAUGGCUCCCGUCGACUUGUGGUAGACUAUCAUGACCUCAUGGCCCAACUCCGUGGUGCCAAGGUCUUCACCAAACUAGACCUAAGGUGGGGUUACAAUAACGUCCGUGUUAAAGAAGGUGACAAAUGGAAGACGGCCUUCCAAACCAAGUACGGCCUCUACAAAUCCCUGGUCAUGACUUUUGGUCUGACAAACGCUCCUGCCGCUUUCCAGCACUUCAUGACAUGA